CAAGUGUACUGCGAUAUGACGUCAAAGAAUGGUGUUGGUGUGACAGAGAUUGGACAUGACAGUGAAUCAAAAACAUUUGUGAACGGAUAUGAACCAGCUGGUUCCUACAGGCGAAAGAUUAAAUAUGAUAUUGCCAUGGAACAGAUUGUCGAUAUUAUCAAACAGUCUAAAAAUUGUGAGCAGUUUAUAAAAUACGAAUGUCAUGCUAGCAAGUUGUUGGCAUUUGAUGGUUGGUGGGUGUCACGUCAAGGUUCAAAGAUGAAUUACUGGGGUGGAGCGGCAGUCAACAGUGGAAAAUGUGCCUGUGGAAUGACCAACAGCUGUGCAGGUGGAAGAAAAUGUAAUUGUGACAUCAAUGACGAAACAUUGCGCGAAGACAGUGGAUACCUGACAGACAAGAACACACUUCCUGUUACUGAACUGAGAUUUGGAGAUACUGGACACAGCGUGGAGUAUGGGUACUAUACCCUGGGGAAAUUGCGCUGUUGGGGUUAGAAUGGAUAUGCCAUUUUUAUGCUAGUUCAUAAACUUAAACGUGUAUACACAAGCUUGCGUACAUAAACAAUAGAU